AUGACCGUGUACCUGCCUGAUCUCCUACAGCCUGACAGGAUUAAGCAGUUUGGUUCUGCAAGAAGGGAGCAUGAGGGCAGGAGACGGGAUGUGCUCUUUAAGCCUGGCAUAGGACUGGAUACCCCCAGGGCAAAUGAAGACAAAAAGACACAAGAUGUCAAGAGAGAGCCACCUAAGAGACCAAGUAUGGCUUUCCAGUCUCCUGUUCUGGAAUACAGCGCUACUCCGGGGCAGCUGGGUAACACAACGAGCACUGGGGUCAGGAACAGUGGCAUCACAGCCUUCAGCGAGAACUUUCACAAAGGCCUCUCAGGAGCUAUUGGAGAAAUGGUUCCCCCCAGACCAUCGUCACACCAUGGCAUUUCUUCCCCUGAAAUUGGAGCAUAUCCUUCUAAUAGGCACCACCGUCCCAAAGAGCAUGUUGAAAGCUACAGGGAUGCACUUAAACAACAGAUUGAAGACAGGAAGGAAAGAAGGAGACGAGAGAGGGAGGAGAAUGAAAGGUAUGAGGCUAAAGUGGAGGCAGAGAUGAAAGCCAGUGAGCCGUGGGGAAGAGGAGGUGCUGGGGCGCCACUUAGGGAUGACCGAGGAAACCUCAUCAUUUCCCCCUUCACUCAGCCCUCGCCAUACGCACGGGGAAAUGUGUUUAGGGAACUCCCAACGCCGCAGCAGCUCCGUGAGCAGAAGAAAUACAAGGAAUGUCUGAAACAGCAGAUCGAGGAGAAGAGAAGAAUGGAGGUGGAGAGGAGAAAGGAGGUGAGGCUGGAGGAAAAGGAGCAGCAAGAGGAAAGAAAGAAAAUAGAGUGCAGGCACAGGCCUAACGACGAGGCAUAUGUGUACCCAGAAUCACGUAACAGAAGAGCCAUAGCAUCACCGUAUUGGAAUGGAGAUACCCCUAGACCAGAGGAUAAGGAUUCUUCCUUACAGAAAAUAUCAAAUGAAGUUUCCUCCUUCACCCAGCCCUCACCAUACGCACGAGGAAAUGUGUUUAGGGAAUUCCUGACGUCACAACAGCUCCUUCAGCAGAAGAGAUACAGGGAAAGUCUAAAACAGCAGAUAGAGGAGAAGAGAAGGAUGGAGGUGGAGAGGAGAGAGCAGCUGAGGCUGGAGGUGGAGAAAGAGAAGAGGCUGGCUGAAGAUACAGCACACAAGCAAAGGCAGUUUGAGGAGGAGCAGGAAAAGAAAAGACGCAAGAAAAUGCAGCAAAACACAAGAAACCAGGAGUUGAUUCGUCAAGCUGAUGAGCGGCGCAGAGAGGCCGAAAAGAAGAGCAAGGAGGAAGAAGAGAAGGCAAAUGAUGCACUGAAGCAGCAGUAUGAGCAGGAAAGGCAAGCCCGGCUCGAGCAGGAAUUCAGGACACGUUCUCCACCUAUCCCCACAAUACAAAAGAGACUGGGCAUCCAGAUUUCUCCCAGACCACCUUCAGGCGACAGCCAACGAUCAGCUACAGCUUCCUCUCAAAAUUCCAGAAACCAGGAGUUGAUUCGACAAGCUGAGGAGCGCUACAGAGAGGCCGAAAAAAAGAGGAAGGAGGAAGAAGAGAACGCAAAUGUUGCACUGAAGCAGCAGUAUGAGCAGGAAAGGAAAGCCCGGCUCGAGCAGGAAUUCAGGACAUGUUCUCCACCUAUCCCCACAAUACAAAAGAGACUGGGCAUCCAGAUUUCUCCCAGAACACCUUCAGGCGACAGCCAAGGAUCAGCUACAGCUUCCUCUCAAAAUGCCAAAAAUCAGGGGUUGAUUCGGCAAGCUGACGAGCAGCGCAAAGAGGCUGAAAAAAAGAAAAAGGAGGAAGCGGAGAAGACAAACAAUGCACUGAAGCAGCAGUAUGAGCAGGAACGAAAAGCCCCGCUCAAGCAGGAAUUCAGGACACGUUCUCCACCUAUCCCCACAAUACAAAAGAGACUGGGCAUCCAGAUUUCUCCCAGACCACCUUCAGGCGACAGCCAACGAUCAGCUACAGCUUCCUCUAAGACCAGCAGAAUGUAAUCGGGAGGUUGUCGGAUCUGCGUAGGCACCUCAGAAAUGAGCAGAAGCACCUUAAAGUGCAGCUACUUCAGUCAGACAGAGAGGAUUCACAAACUCCCUUGAAAAACAGAUUACGUUGAUCUGUUGUCUCCCAUAAAGCCUCCUCCUUGUCAGAUAGAGAGAGAAGAACUUGAGGCAAGGUGACUUCUUUGAUUUACGUGCUUCUGAUUUCUGAAAUAGGAAUUAUUUUAAUACAGUUCAAUUUAAUUUGGAUAAUGCAUGGUAAGAC